AUGGAGCGGGCACCAGGGCCCGGCGGAGAUGCUGCGCCCGUGGCUGGAGGCCCGGAUAACCGACAAGUCCAGUUGUAUCCUAUUGAGGAGCCCCUGUGGCCCGGCGUGCCCUUCCCAUCGCCUGAGAACGUGGAGAUCGCCAGCCUGUUCCUGACCCCAAAUGCUCAACGCCGAUUGCCAGUGCAGAAGGAGAUCAGUGUGAACGGCAACGUCCUCACUGUACGACUGACUGCUGAAGAUCCCAGCCAUCUCCACGUUUCUGUCAUCGCCUGUCUUUACCAACUAUCCGUGCUGGUGCGACUCUUCUGGCCUGUUGGGCCUCCACUUUUCUUUAAGCCUCACGAAGAAAGAGGGAUCUAA